GAACCACUGUUAAAGCACAAGACUCGUAGUAUUUCAUCAUUCAGUAUACACUUUCGUUAAAAUCUUUUGAAAAUCAUGGCAUCGAUCACGAUACCGGUAGCAAUGAAAUUUGCCCGUUUUACAACAGAUAUCGUAUAUCAAAUGAAUAAAAAUUCAUUGCUCAGGUUGUCUCGAACAUCUCGCAUUUUUCCUUGGCAAAAACAAGGAUACAGUACAGUAACAGAAGAAAAAAAGAAUGAGGGAGGUGCACAAACACCAUUGCAAGAACCAACAGCGACUGAAAAAAAGUUAAAAGGAGAAAUGGAACUUCUCAUCAAAGAAAUAGUGGAACUUAAAGAAGUAAAAAAUACUUUAGAAGAUAAAUAUAAGAGAGCAUUAGCUGAUGGGGAGAAUCUUAGAGUUCGGUUGACCAAGCAAAUUGAGGACGCCAAGCUUUUUGGUAUUCAAGGUUUCUGUAAAGAUCUUCUAGAUGUAGCAGAUGUGUUAGGAAAAGCUACUGAAAGUGUGCCUAAAAGUGAAUUAACAGAUAAGAAUCCGCAUUUAAAAACGCUUUAUGAAGGUCUAAUAAUGACUGAAGCACAACUACAUAAGGUUUUUAAGAAGCAUGGUUUAGUAUCCUUAAAUCCUAUCAAUGAAAAAUUUGAUCCAAACCAACAUGAAGCAUUAUUUCAACAAGAAGUAGAAGGAAAGGAACCAGGAACAGUUGUAGUUGUAUCGAAGAUUGGAUAUAAACUACAUGAACGGAUAGUUAGACCAGCAUUGGUUGGUGUAGCAAAAGGAUAACUUUUAUAUACUUAAAAUAAAUUCUAUAAUAUGAUAGAUUAUAUAAACAUGAUAAUUUGUUAAGUGAUAUAAAAUGGAAUGACAUAAUAUUACAGUAAUUUAAGAUAGAAGACAUUUAAUAGAUUUACAUAACAAAUGAAGUCAUUAAAAAUAUGUCGAGUUUAUGACAACUGAUAAACAAUAUCUUUUAUUUAUUAAUAGACUGUCAUACAAUGUAUGUUUCAUUAUGAAAUAAUUCUAAUUUUGUUUACAUUACAGCAUUGCAAAAUAAUACUUAACAUUUUUACAAAUCUGUUGAUAUUUUUUUUAAAUGUAAAUGAAUUUUUACUUAUUAAUCAGUAUAAACAAAUAUCUUUAAAUAUUUUAUAUGAUCAGUAGAAGAUUAUUAGCGGUAAAAAGUGUAACAUUUCUAUAUAAUAUAUAUUUUAUCGGUUCCAUUUUAAUUAUAAAAAAUAAAUAUCAAUGAAUAAGUACCAAUAA